UGUCUUACUACCUGGAAACGGUGAAAGUGAUAAUUUUGUUUAGCGUCAUAAAUCAAAAGUACGAUUGCACAAUUUCGAAAAUGUAAAUAAUUUUAAAGUUUAUCACAAAACAGCAAUGGCAGAAGGUUACCCGGCGGUAGAAUCAAAAAUAUUGUGCAGAUACUUUUUACAUGGAGCUUGUAGCAAAGGAGAUAACUGUAGAUUUUCCCAUGAUAGACGUGACAGAACAGACAAUGUGUGCAAGUAUUACCUGAAAGGCUGUUGUACAUUUGCUGAAAGAUGCAGGUAUGACCACGUCAAACAAAAAGUAAAUCAAACAAGUGAAACAAUAUUAUCAAAACCAAGAUCCACCAUCCCUCCACCUUUGAAAGAUACAACAGUACCCACCAAUGGUAUGGUGUCAUUAAAAAAAGUGCUUCAUGGCUCGAUAGACACACCAAAAUCACCUAAACCCCCUGAAGACUGGGUAAAUGCUACAGAAUUUGUACCCGGACAACCGUAUGUUUGCUCAAAAAUUCCAUCAUCUUAUGCCAGUGCUGCGUCAGACAGUGCUAGUAAUGAAGCCUUGACUAUAGAUGAGGCUGAGCAAAUUCCUAGUCAAUUACUUUGUCCGUUUUCUGCCAAUAAGGAGUGUCGAUACGGUGAAGAUUGUCAAUAUAUACAUGGCAAUAUCUGUGAGUUGUGUGGUCUUGCUGUUUUGUUGCCAGGAGACAGUAAGCAAAAUGAGGAACACAGAAAGGAGUGUAUGGAGCGACAUGAAAGAGAUAUGGAGUUAUCAUUUGCUGUAGCUCGUAGUAAGGAUAAACAGUGCGGUAUAUGUAUGGACACAGUCCUCGAAAAGGAACCGAAGGCGGAACGACGAUUUGGGAUUAUGUCUGACUGUAUACAUUGUUUUUGCUUAGCAUGUAUACGUAAAUGGCGUGCCACUAAACAGUUGGAUAGUAAAACAAUUAGAUCUUGUCCGGAGUGCAGAACACAGUCAGAUUUCGUCACACCAAGCUCUUAUUGGGUAGAAAACAAAGAUGAGAAAAUCAAACUUAUUGAAGGAUACAAGCAGGCUCUAAGUCAAAAGCCUUGCAAAUACUUUGAUGAGGGUCGUGGUGACUGUCCAUUUAAUGACAGUUGUUUCUACCUGCAUAUGCUGCCAGAUGGAACUAAAGCUCCACCUACUGGCAGAGGGCACAGGCGUCGUAGACGUCACAAUGCAAAUGGUGAACUUGAUUUUGAAGACAACAUAUCUUUAUGGGAUUUCUUCCAGGAGCGGCAGGAACGUUUAAGCAGCGUGUUGUUAGAGUUAUUAGAGGAUGAUCUAGCGGCUUUGCUUAUAAGUUUAAAUUUUUCAACUGACUCGGACGACGACAGUGAUGACAAUUACUGGUUCUGAUAUUCGAUUUAAUUUGGUGCUUUCAAAAUCACUUUUUUUUCUAUCAUAUAGAUCUAUUUG